GCCAAUCACUUUUUACAGCACACACUCACAGCACACUCCCUUACUCUCUCUCUCUCUCUCUCUCUCACUCUCCCUUCCUUUGCUGCUGUCCUCUGUCCUGCUGUGUGUCUUCAUCCCUUCUUCAGAGCCAUCUCAACCCCACUCCCAACUAGGAUCUACAAAGCAGCUCUUCAAGGAAAUGGUUUCCAAACGGAAAACAGGCUACAAAUGUCGUAUAGCAGGAGUGCUGCUUCUCCUCUUGGCCAGCAUUGCUGCCCUUAUUGCUGUCGCUGUCAUUCAGGACACCUGGAGGUCCAACGGGUACACUUUAGAGUACGGCAUAGUGAUAGACUCAGGUUCAUCACGUUCCAAUGUGUACCUGUACGAGUGGCCAGGGGAGAAGGAGAAUGAAACCGGAGUGGUGACUCAGAUAUUGAACUGUAGAGUUGCUGGUGCUGGUAUCUCAGAGAUGAAGGUUGACCCAGAGAAAGAUGCCAAAUCGUGGCAGGGAUUCAGAGACUGUAUGGUCAAUGUCACCAAAGCCAUACCUCUUGAAAAACACAAAACCACACCUCUGUUUCUGGGAGCUACUGCUGGAAUGAGACUGCUACAUGAAAAGGAUGAACAGAGGUCCAAUGAAAUCCUGGAAAGUCUGAGAGAUUACCUAUCGUCUUUGCCGUUCACCUUCCAAAAUGCUUCCAUCAUUACUGGUGAAGAGGAAGGGCUGUAUGGGUGGAUCACUGUCAAUUACCUCAUGGGGAACUUCUUAGAGAAAAACAUCUGGAACACCUACGUACACCCAGAUGGGAAAGAGACUGUAGGGUCCAUGGACCUUGGUGGCGCAUCAACACAGAUUGCCUUUGCUGUCCCAGAUGAGCUCAAGGGGCCUGACUAUAUGCAUGUCAAACUGUACGGUUACCCUUAUAAUGUAUACACACACAGUUUCCUCUGCUAUGGCAAAAAUGAGGCUGAGAAGAGGGUUCUGGACAAAAUAGUUCAGGAAUCAUCGAACCCAUCCUACAUUAUUAACCCCUGUUUUGCUGAAGGUCACAACCACACCAUGAACGCUUCAGCCAUUUAUGACACAGAGUGCACAAAGAAGCCAAAGAACUACAACCCAGAUCAACAGCUCUUCAUGGUGGGAGGAGGCGACUCAAAAGGGUGUGAAAGAAUAGUGAAGUCCAUAUUUGAUUUCAAGACUUGCUCCUCAUCCCAGUGUUCCUUCAACGGGGUCGAGCAGCCACCUGUCACCGGAGAUUUUAUGGCAUAUGCAGGAUACUUCUUCAUUGCUAGGGCGCUUGGGCUGGAAGGAUCAUCAGAUUUUGAUCAAUUCAGUGCCUCAGUUGAGCAAUUCUGUCACACAAACUGGACAGUGCUGAAGGCAGAGAAGACAUGGAUCUCUGACAGAUACCUUAGGACUUACUGUUUUGCAGCUCACUACGUUUUCGCUUUGCUGGCAGAUGGAUACAAGUUUAACAAAGACACCUGGAAAAACAUUAACUUCCAGAAAGAGGUACAGAAGACCAGCAUAGGUUGGAGUUUGGGCUACAUGUUGAAAAUGUCCAACAUGAUCCCGUCUGAAGUGAAAGAAAUCCCCCCCAUGACGGACCCCGUCUUUGCCGGCCUUAUCUUUCUAUUUUCAGCACUAACCAUCAUAACUGUUGUCUUAGUUUUCAUCAUCCUCAUUCGCACCUGCUACUGAGAGUGUAAGUUACAAAGGGAAUGGCCUACCAUUGUAAGCCACGGGGGCUGUCAGAAUCCUGUUAAUAGUGGGAGAGCACUGUAGCAGCAUGUGCCAAGGCACUUGUACUUAAAGUUACUAAUGAAAAUGUUUGUUUUUUUAAGCUUGAGCCAUUUACUGCCUUCUGUUUCAAUUAUGAGAGUGACUGAAGUAAGAGCAUCAAAAUGAAAUCCUCUCUCCGUGUAUUCUGCUGGUGACUUUUCAGCAUUGAGUAUUAAUAACAUUUUUUUUAUUUCAUACCUCAGGGAAACUCACAUAGAUUUAGGUAACAGGAAUGUUUUAUAUUCACUUUUUCAAGUUCUUCUAAAGGAAAAUAUUGUUUUACAGCCAAAAACAGGUGACAGUAGUUUACCUGAAUGCCGCACAGAUGAUGUAAAAGCACCUAAAAAUGUCUUGAAAUGAGGACACAUAUGCAUUCACACUGCGUGGUCACAGACACGCAUGAUAUAUACGUUAUAUCAUGCGUUAUUGUAGAUUGUAGUGUUUUAUAUAAAAUACUAUAUAUAUAUAUAUAUAUAUAUAUAUCAUACGGUGUAUAAACUUAUUGAAAACCAGAAGUGCACAACAAUACUCCACACUUACUGAAUGAAAACCUCCCUUAUAAAAAUGUAUUGAUUUUGCUAUGUGCCAUUGUUUCAUUAUGAUUUUGCAAAAAUAAAUACAUCUUAUAUGAAGUCAUUUUCUUACAAUCUUUUUGCAAACAAUUAAAAAGAAGAUAUGUUUAAUUGUCUGAGUUUGGGACAACAGCUAACUGAUCACUGAAUAUUAGUAAGUGUUACAACAGUGUGUUUUUCUUGCGUUUUAUACAUCAUAUUAAGAAACAAACCUUGCGCUGCUCCAUUCUCGGGAAGGUUUUCAUUCUGUAUUCAAAGAGCAGAGUAUUGUUGGAUAAAUGUUAGAUAUAUAGAUACAUAUUUAUAAAUAGUAGUUUGAGCCUGGUGUAGUUUGAGAACACUGCACCAGAGAGUUAAAUAUAGUGUUGUGGAUAAGUCCUGUCAACGCUGAAGAUCCUCACGUUCUUCAGUCUUCAGUUUAUUCUACACUUGGUGUUUUUAUAUAUCAUGAAAGAUUGUGCCCAUAUGAAGCCUUUGAUGAGAGAUUUAUUUCAAUCAGCAGAGACUUUACAGACGUUUACAGAUAUAAAACAUGGAUGACAAAAUGUAUGUUUGAGUUUUUUGGUGUUAACUCCAUUUGGUCAGUUUGGGAGAUGAGCCCCAAUCAGUCAGCAACAGAACCCAGAGAGCAAGUGGUGUAGUGGAGGGUAUAUGAAGGUAUAUCCACCUCUUUUUGUGGUCAUUUACAGCAGUGGUUCCCAACUGGUCCAACCAAGGGGUCCAGAUUUCACCUUAAUCAUUAGUUCGAGGUCCGACAUGUUUAAAAGAUUCAGUGUUACACUUGUGUUUGCCCGUGCCUUGAGCUAGAUUGCUGUCUCUACCAAGUUGACAUCAUUGCGAGUCACUUGUUCCAUUCAGAAUGGGUCUGUACCACUUUUGGACAACGACCCACCAGUUGGGAUCCACUUGUUUACAGUAUACCCACCUAUCAACAAGCCUGAUCUCACUCAGAAGUCGUCAAAAUCCGGCACUUGGGCAGUGACUUGCAGCAUCAGAAACAAAUAAAAAAAGGCAUCUUAUAACGUCGGCAUGAUAUGUGGGCGGUUGCCGUUAUAUUAAUGCCGUAGAACAAGGAUGAAAGUCCAACUGGGGCGAGUCCAAAAAACACAGACUUUUACCCAAGAGAGUGGUGUUCGUCUCCCGCAAUAUUCUAAAGCCAAACCUUGUUCCUUUUUCCUAAACCUACCCAUGUGUGUUUGUUGUUGAAGGAAAAAAAAAAGUCAAUUCGCUGUGUUGUACCGACGUGGUGCGUUUAUUUUGAAAAACACUGUAUGUAAAUGUUAAAUUUCCUGUGAAAACGGAAGUGUAUUUUGAAAGAAGACAAUGCAUGUAACAGGCAGCACUUGACACAGUGUCCCAGAACGUCAACAACCAACUCACCCAGGGUUCCUUGCACGCUGUCUGUGGACAAGGAAAGUCCAUGUCCAAAUGUCAACAUGGGAUGAGGUUGGACUCCAAUCUCAUCUCAUGUUGACAUUUGAUGUUUGUAUGUUGUAUCAGCCAAAAUGAAUAUAUAGGAAUAUAUAAGGGAUUAUACCCACUUCCUCCUCAGUAACCUACCCAUCUACCUAUUAGUACACCCACCUCAUCAACUACCACUACACCACUGCCUGUGACUGUUCCCAACACUGGGUCUAGACAGAAGAGGCACAGCUGAGAGGGAGCAAUGAAUCUGACAGAGCAUCUGAGCUAUGACACACUUGAUAAGUACAUCCAAGGCGUUUAAUCUGUAGGCGACCACAAAGUAUGAGAAAAUAAGAAUGAUUCCCAUUAGUGAUGAAUCAGUCUUCUUGACAUAAAGGCAUUAUGAAACAUUAAAUUCUAUGACGAAAGAAAGAGAUUUCCUCAUCAAACAUCAUCUCUGACUGAAAACAGCAUGAAUUAAAUGUGUGUGUGUUUCUUUUUACACUGUGUAUGCGUCAAAAUCUACUUGGGUAGCAUUUUUGUUAAAAUUGUUGUCUUUGCACUGGAGAGGAUUUUGCAUGAUAUAAUGCACUGACUGUAUUGGUCCUGUUUUGAUAAUACUUCUCUCUCUGUUCAUAUAUAUAUAAUAAACACAUCUACUAACUGCA